AUGGAGCCUGUUCCGAAUUCCUCAGCAAGUGUGCCCCAAGCUCCAGGUAGCAGCAGCACCACCACCAACACCAGCAACAACUCCAACAACAAUCUGCCGACAAACCCUGUCCCACAACCACAAUCAAAUAAACUGUCUUCCAACACAGAUACCACACCACACAAUAACAGCAGCAACCCUAUAGUCGCAUCUGAAAACAAUGAUAUUGACGAUGAAAAUGGCUUUAGUGACAAUAAUGAAUCUUCGCAACAAACCCAGAGAAAGAGAAAUAGAAUUCCUGCUUCUUGUUCCAUGUGCAGAAAACGAAAGUCCAAGUGUGAUAGGGUGAGGCCGGUUUGUGGCACGUGUAUAAGAAAAGGAAUAACUCACUUGUGUCAGUAUGAGUUUGACUCGGGAUAUCGAUACCGUUACCAACACCCUCAACAUCAAUACCAGCAUCCCCAUCUGCAGUUGCAAGGUCAAGGGGAUAUGCACCAACAAAACCCCUACAAUGGCUACAAUGCACCACAACAGUACCCUGGUAACGGACAAGCACCUCAUGCAGGACCUUAUUCAUCACAUCUUCAACAGCACCCACAACAAUAUUAUGCUCCCUCUCCCAAUCCAUUAGAUCCCCCGAGUUAUGCACCCCAGAACCCACUCCACCAUUACCCCCCUGGAGGGCCCCCGCCACCUCCGCCACCACCAUUACCGCAGCAGCAGCAGCAUUCUCCGUAUGCGUUUCACACUCCACCAUUUUAUGGACCACCACCUUUACCACAUCAAUCUCCGAACUAUCCAUCCCCGGGAGCUCAAAAUCCUCACACACCAUCAGCAGGAUCAGCUCCACCUGUCAAUCACGCGCAGUUUCCACAGCAACCACCACCAUCAACCAAUAAUAGUUCUGAGAGAAUUCUGCCCAGACAAUUGCCGAUCCCGCCACCACAACAUCACCAUCAGCAACACCACCACCACCAACAACAACAACAACAACAAAGGCCUUCCCAAGAUAAUGGUAAGCCAUAUUUACCUAGUCCAUCAGCUAUUUCUAAUUCUGUGUUUACUAAAGCAGGCUCUCGCCACCUGCAUACCGGAUCAAUUAACUCACUUCCCUUGCCACAGCCUCCUUCGGCACCCACGUCUUCAUCAACCCCUCCAUCAACUGCUUUGCGACCAGAGAGUCAACCCCAACUACCUCCGCCUGUAGGAACCCAAAUCGCAAAGCAUCUUGCGACAUCGCCGUUGGCGACUUUCCCUGUAUCGCAACAUGCAUCGCCCACUGAAGCAAGUCUUGCCAAUCAGCCGACAAUUUCGCCAACAUCACGAAUACGAUCAGUCGCAUCUGAAAAUGUGCCAUCGCCUUCUACAACUGUGCAUAAACCUAGCGCAACAGUUACAACACCGGGCUCGUAUACCAAUGAACUGAAGCCAGUGUCAAUGCAGAAAUCUCCCAGCGUGCAGGACUCUUUUUCAUCGAAUUCGUUAGUUUCAAUUCCAUUAGGACCAAAUUCGUCUUUACAAGUCAGUACCGAGGAUAGAAUGAAUGUUUUUUCCAAUGCAAGCUACUCAAUAGCUUUAGAGAACCACAUUGUUCAGGAACAAGGUGUACUUUCUUAUCUUGGUUUAACUAAAAGUGAUCCAUUUAUCACAAUCUUGAGAAACUUUACGGUUCACUUGUUUAGGGCUGGAGAGAUGACAAAGUUCAUCAGGACCGAUGCCAACAGAAAACGAAGAAAUUCGAAUGGCUCAGCGUCGAUGCUUUCAUCCAAACAUAGCGAUGGUUUACCGCCAUUUCAUAAAAAGCUGAAAUUGAGCAUGACCCCUGUCGACACCCCGAACAAUAAUUUCGAAUCAGCUCCAAUGGCACCAAGCAACUCAAAUCAAUCUAAUAACGACGUUGAAUUGAAUAAUCUCACAAAAGCAGCAAUCAACCAUGCUCGUGAACAGUCGUUGAACUCAUUGAACGUCACCUCGCCACUUGAUAAUCAAUCGCCAAAUGUCGGUGACGGCAAGAAGGAAGAGCGUAAGAUUUCCAGUAUAAUGCCCUCACUUGAAUUGUUUUCCACUGGUCUGCAUAAAAGAGACUACUAUGCAAUCGUUGAAAAGGUCCUACUUGCGAUUUUGCCGGAUAAGGUCAACCUGUUUAAAUUGUUUUGUCGGUAUUUCAAGUAUGUUCAUCCAUUCAUUCCAAUAAUUGACGAACGGUCCUUGAUUGUGGAGGUGAAGAACUUGUUGACAAAUUUCCCUUCCUUUGGACACGAGAGGUGGACCUCAUUGAAAAUUCGCAAUAAUCAAGAUCUACGAACAAUGGGGAUUUUCAUGCUAAUAUUGUCAUUGGGAUUCAAAAGUUUGAUACAUAAUGACAGCGUCUACAACGAUUAUACCGCUGAGGAGUUAUCAAUGAUUCACGACAUGACGCAAUUUUCAUCGGAUGAAUUUAAAAGAGUUGUCAAUCUUUGCAUCGGUGAUGGCUUGAUUGCAGCCAAAUCUUCAUUCAAGUUGGUUCAGUUAUUAACCCUUUUGUAUUUUUACAAGGAAGUGUCACCUGAUGAUGGGCAUGGUAUUUGCGGGGCCGACUCUCAAAUCUUGCUCGGUGUGUGUAUACGCCACGCACUCGCAAUUGGAUUGAACCGCGACCCAACGUCGUAUACUGCGUAUGAUGCUCUUUGCAAAAACCCGCCAUUCAUCAAGACUUGGAGGCAUUUGUGGAAUUACUUGACCCAGGUGGACGCAAUGAGCAGUCUCCAUAAUGGUACCAAUUUGAACUUGAGGAACUUGAAGAUGAGUGAUGUGCAUGCUCCAUUCGAGUCCAACGACAUAACUGGUGAACUAAAUGAGACAAUCAAGAGAUAUAAUUCGAUAUGUGAAUGUUACCGCCAAUUGUGUAACAAAAUCAACAAUGUUUGGGAAAAGCCGAAAGUCAUGGAUAUCUUGGCUGAUACAAACCAUUUGGAGAAGAUUUUUUUCGAUUUUUUCGGAAAGGAUUUCUUUCUGACUGGUAUUUGCAAGCCAGCUAAAGUUGAACCGAAUGGAAAUUCGUGGGAUGCGGGAACAAUGGAGCAUGAAGAGCAGGUCAUCAAGGUAAUGAAGUACUGCAUGUUUGUGCAAUUGAGGACCAACUUGUCCGGAAUGUACUACAUGAUUGCCAUCCAUUAUGAGAACGAGUACAACGAAUCCAAAACGCCGUCGAUGAAUGCUGGAAUUGAGUUGUUCAAGAUAUAUAUCAAGAGCGUGGUGCAGAUUGUGUACAUAAUGACCCAUGUGUUGGACAACUCCGUUGAAUUGUUUGGGAAAAACUUUGAUUAUAUUCUUACUGCUGCUAAUGAACGGUAUAUGAUUAGAACGCAUUCGUUCUUGACGUCAUUUUUCAUUAGGUUACUCCAUCAAAAAAAGGAUUUAUCAUUCAAAGUGUUCAAGGAGCCUAGCUAUAUUCCUCGACUUGAGGUUAUUGACACGUUAUUCACCAUGGUUUUGGUUGAAGCAGAGUUGUUUGUUGGUAAUUUCCGGAAACUCUCACGUACUUAUAUAAACAGUUAUCGGUUGUACAUUAUGACGUACAUAAUUAUGCGUCAGUGUGUGGAAAACCCCGAUGUGUUUUUCGAAAAGGCAAUUAGUGACCAACUGUUUUUCCAUCAAGGAACCAAUAUGAUUGAAUUCUUUACGCUUUCGGAGUUGCACCACUUGUGUCGCUUAUGUGGCGAGUUUCGGAAUGCCACUGAAGAGAAGAAAAGGUUAAAGAGAGAAAGGUUGAAGGCAAAGGGGAUUGUUGUUGCUAAUGAUGACGACAUUGAUAAUUUCAAUUUCGAUACAUUACGAUCAUCGGUUGGUGUUGAUGAUUUCUCCAUUUUUGAAAGUGGGAAGGGGUCUACAUUUAUGUCGUUUUUUGAUGAUGAUCAAGUAUUUGACAACUUGAACAACUUGCCUGAUGACGUGUUGGACCCGGUUGCGAGAAAUGAAGACUUGAUUCGGUUGUAUAACAUUUAUGGUGAUUUUGAUGAGGAUUUAGUCAAAAUGGGAACAACUUGA